CCAUUGCGUCAUUAAGAAGCGCCGCUGUUAUGUUUUGAUGUUGUUUGCUCGGCGAAAACGCUAACAGUUUUUAAUAACAAUUUGAUCGUUACGUUGGUGGUCAAACAUGGGGAAAUCUUUUGCUAAUUUCAUGUGCAAGAAAGAUUUUCAUCCUGCAUCAAAAUCCAACAUAAAGAAGGUAUGGAUCGCAGAGCAAAAAUUAACCUUCGAGAAGAAGAAGCAGGAGGAACUGAUGCAGGCUUACGUGAAGGAGCAGGACACAUACAACAACAGACUGCUGAUGGGAGAUGAUCGUGUGAAGAAUGGCCUUAAUUUUAUGUAUGAAGCACCUCCAGGAGCAUCUAAAGAGGAGACUAAAGAGGAAGGAGAAUCUGAGUACAAGUUUGAGUGGCAGAAAGUAGCUCCUCGUGAAAAAUAUGCAAAGGAUGACAUGAAUAUUCGGGAUCAGCCUUUUGGCAUUCAGGUGCGGAACGUGCGCUGCAUUAAAUGUCAUAAAUGGGGUCAUGUGAACACGGACCGUGAGUGUCCCCUCUUUGGCCUAUCAGGGAUCAACGCCAGCUCUAUGGCCAGUGAUGAAGCAGGUCCGUCAAUGCACCCCUCCGAGUUAAUGGCAGAGAUGCGAAACAGUGGGUUUGCGCUGAAGAAAUGUGUCCUUGGGAGGGACAGCACCAUGAGUGAUCCAGCACAGGAGCUUGUGGCCAGUGAGGAAGAGGACGACCCUGAGGUGGAGUUCCUGAAGUCUCUGUCUACCAAACAAAAGCAGAAACUCCUUAGAAAACUUGACCGUCUUGAAAAGAAAAAGGAAAAGAAGAAGAAAAGUAAAAAAGAGAAAAAGAAGAACAAAAAGAAGCAGAAAAAGAAACAAGCCAAGAGUGAGAGUUCAUCCAGCAGCUCGUCAGACAGUAGCGACAGCAGCAGCGACUCUGAGGAUGAGAAACACUCUGGAAAGAAAGCCAAGAAGAAGAGGAAGAGAAGGAAGGACUCGUCCAGUGACAGCAGCUCUGAGAGACACCAGGAGAAAGAACGCUCCCACAGUCUGGACUCCAAACACGCACAUUCAAAACACAAUGAGCACAGAGUUCAGAGGUCACCAGACCACAAGAACAGCAGAGAGAGAUGGAGAGACGACAAAGAGAAAGCUAAAGAUAGACACAGGAGCAGGAGUAGGGAGAGGAGGAGAGAACAAAGCAGGAGCAGAAGCCCUCAGCGGCGGAGAGAUGAGAAAGACAGAGGUAAGGAGAGAUACAGGAGCACGAGCAGGGAGAGAGGGCGAGAGAGGAGAGACAGGAGCGGAGAACGUGACAAGGGCAAGAGGGAAAGAAGCAGAAGUCGGGAAAGAGAAAGAAACUCGGAUAGAAAUGUCAAAAGGAGGAGUGUCAGUCGGGAACGAGGGAGGGGCAGAAGUGAUAGCAGAGAUGCAGAGAGGAGGAGAGAACACAGCAGAGGGAAAUAGCUGGAAGUGCAUGGUUUGGCUUCUGACACCAUCAUUACUUCACUGUGUCAUCUCAGAUUAAAGGAAUAACUCAAAUGAAACCUCUUUCAUAAUUUACUCACCCUCAUGUCAUUCCAAGCCAUUUUUUUUAUUCUCUGCUCCCUCUUUUUAAAUAAUAAAACUUCAUGGAGACGCUGGCUGUCAAGCUUCAGAAUGACAAAGCAGAACCUUAAAAGGAGUUUUUGUGGCUCUUAUAUUCCAUGUCUUAUGGAGUCAUACAGUAACUUUUGUGUGACAAACAAACCAAAAUUCACGUCCUUAUUCAUAAAUUCACCAUGAGAACUAAAGACACUUGAUAAUAUUGUGUACUGAUAGCAGGAAAGAAGGUUUUCAGUGAAUAAAGUCUUUAAAGGAUGGUCUGUUUGUCACAUUAUAUUCAGAAGUCUUGGAAUAUAGCACACACAGUGUUUUUUUUUCUUCAUUUUUGGAGCUUCUUCAAGGCUGUUGCUGGUGUCGUACAACAGUUAACUGUUUAAAUGUACAUAUUUUUUACAUUUCCUUUCCUAAAGUCACAAGGGUUUGGACCGACAUGAGGGUUUAUGAUGAUUAAUGUUGACAGAAUUUUAAUUUGGGGGGUAAAUUGUUUGUUUGGGUAGCUUUCCUAUUUGUUCCCCGUUUACAGGCAGCUCUGGAAAUUUGUCCAGAAGAGGGCGCUCUGAGAAUGUAAAAACUGAACCUGUUAUAAAGCAGAAUUAAAUGUUUGACUCAU